UUGCAAGAUGGCGGAUGGAGCGCAGUUAACAAGCGCUUCGGCCACAGGCGAUGAAAAGGUAGUGAGGGCGAUUUUAGAUCAAGGAGUGGAUGCAAACUCAUUUUCACCAGACGGCUUCAGACCUCUUGGCAUUGCAGCUUUUUGGGGUUACAGUAGCAUUGUACAGCUUUUGCUAGAUCGAGGAGCCGACAUUAAUGCAUGCAACAGAGGCACAAAUUGGACAGCCCUGCACUGUGCAACAUUUCAAGGACAUGGCAAAGUUAUAAUGCUUUUAAUGAAUCAUAACCCAGAUCUGACAAUUAGAGACAACCUUGGCAGGUCAGCAGUUGACUUUGCUUCUGCACUUGAUGGAAUAUGGCCUUUUUUUGCAGCUGCAGGAUGUAAAAGGACACCCAAAGCUGAGCUUAUUCAAAUGGAUAUUGUAAAGAAGGUUGAAAUUGGACAAGAAAAAAUUCCAAACACUGAUAGAGCAUACUUUUCUCGUCCUGGUUCAGCAUAUAUUUUCAAGACACCAACAAUGCAAGGGGAUAGAACACAGCAUAGCUAUCAGCAACAAGCUGCAUUAAACAAUGGUGAUGUCUUAACAGCUAGCGAUCCUUCACCUAGCAGCUCUUGCAUGGACAGCCCUGCAUUCUCAGUGUGGAGGAGCUGAUAAACGGUUUUCUAUUGAGAGCUAAGGAAGGAGGGAACUUUACAGUUUGAGAUGCUUUCUUUUUCGAAACUCAAGGGGAAGAUCUAAGGAAAUAGAGAACAUUCCUGACCAUUAAUCUCAGAUUUCAAGAAGAAAUGGAGUCAUAACUUGCAGUGGUGUUGACACUUCAACCAAAACUGCAUAUUAAGAGAUGUUUCUCAAUGAGACAAUAAUCAAUAAUUACAGAUACAAUUACACAGGAAAAAAUAGAAUGAGAUGAAUGAAGCACACUGUGUUCAUAAAUUUAUGUAUCUUGCUGAUGGCUGGCUCACAGGACUUUGUCGUAUAGCCAUACCAACAACUUUUAAGAUGUAGCAUUGUAGUGGUAUUACAAUGUUAUCUAUGGGCUGAAGUCCAGGGAAACUUUGUCAAGCUUUCUAUAGCAUUAUCCAUGAUAAAAAAAGCAUUACUGGAAUACACAAAGUGAUAUUUUUGAUACAAUUGUAUUUCUAUUUUUUGUGUGAUGGAAAAAUGUUUAACCGAGAGUGAAUACUAGAACAGGUAAAUUAUGGUGCUUUUAGUAUGCAGUCACCUUAAAUUCUGCUUCAUAGAUAGCUGAAUAACAUUGAGUGAAAUUUCCUCACCAGUUAUAAUAAUAUAAAUUUUAAAAUUUGCCUCAAUUAGAUUGCUUUUUCAGGUUUCAAACUUUUGUAACUCAACUUUUGCCAAAAAAAUCAAUUAAAUUUAGUCGCCUUAUCAUGUGAUCUUUUUUAAGUGCAUGUGAAAAUUGUACCCUCAGCAAAGAGGAAGUGAUAUUUCAUUUUCCUUGACUUCAUCUAAAUCAAUAUUUUGAAUGACAGUUAUAUAUUGCUCAACACUGCCCCUCAUAAAUAUUGAGUAAAAUGUUCUUAAUUACUUUUUUUUGGCAACACGUUGUUGAAAUACUAACUGUUGACUUUCCAAAUCCUAAUGUUUUUAUAUGCCCUUAAUGUUCUUGUUAUAUUUAAGAAUGUUGGUUUGAUCCUAGAUGAUCUGUGGUGGUAAGGUAUUAAAUACUGUACUUCUUUUUCA